GGAAGUGAGUGUACGGCAAACAUGGCGUCGGUGGCGCUGGCGCUAAGGACGCGGGCGGCUGUUACAGCCCUGCUGAGCCCCCCUCAGGCUGCAUCUCUUGCCAUCAGAUAUGCAUCCAAGAAGACAGGUGGCAGCUCCAAAAACCUGGGUGGAAAGUCACCAGGCAAACGCUUUGGCCUCAAGAAAAUGGAGGGUCACUAUGUUCAUGCUGGCAACAUCCUUGCGACUCAGCGCCACUUCCGUUGGCACCCAGGCGCCCAUGUGGGGCUGGGGAAGAAGAAGUACCUGUACGCCCUGGAGGAAGGGGUAGUCCGCUACACGAAGGAGGUCUACGUGCCCAGUCCCAGCAAUGCAGAGGAUGUGGAUCUGGUCACCAGACUGCCCAAGGGUGCUGUGCUCUAUAAGACUUUUGUCCACGUGGUUCCUGCCAAGCCUGAGGGCACCUUCAAACUGGCAGCUAUGCUGUGAACUCCUCGUUGAGGCCAUUGGAUGGAGCCUGGAGCCCAGGUGACUGACAGCAGAAGAAGUCACAGGUCGGGACAACAGGGCCUCCUGAGGAAGUCUGCUUGGUGGUGAUUGCGGAAGUCUCAAGUGACCAGCUGGGAAGCCUUUUGGGAGACUUGACCUGGGGCCAAAAAUAAAGUUUGCUGGUGUCAUGAG